AAACAUCUUGCGUGGCUUUAUUAUAUAACCCUCCUUGCUCAAAUGAUGGAAGCAACAAAAAUCUAUUGAGCAACACUUCUCAUAGCAAUCUUCUUCCCGCGCAUCUUUCUAAAAUGGGUAGUCACUCUACAACCACCUUCUCCCCUUUAGACUCUAAUACCUUCACAGACGAGUCAAAAAUUGUGAUUGAUUUCAUUGCUGACUAUUACAAGAACAUAGAAAAAUACCCAGUUCGAAGCCAAGUUCAGCCUGGAUACCUCUCAGCGGAAUUGCCUCAAUCAGCACCAUAUUGUCCUGAGUCAUUGAAAGAUAUCCUAAAAGACGUUUCUAAUAGCAUUAUGCCAGGCCUCACUCACUGGCAAAGUCCCAACUUCUUUGCAUACUUCCAAGCAAAUGCAAGCAAUGCUGGCUUUCUUGGAGAGAUGCUUUGUUCAGGCCUGAAUAUUGUUGGCUUCAACUGGAUUUCAUCUCCAGCCGCAACUGAGCUAGAAUCCCUUGUCAUAGAUUGGAUGGGAAAACUGUUGAAGCUUCCGCCCUCAUUUCUCUUCUCUGGUAAUGGAGGCGGUGUCUUGCAUGGCAGCACAUGUGAGGCUGUAGUGUGCACUUUGGCUGCAGCAAGAGAUAAGGCCUUGAAAAGGAUGGGAUGGGAUAAAAUUACAAAGUUGGUGGUUUAUGCCUCUGAUCAAACUCAUGCCACUCUCUUCAAGGGUACCAAAAUAGUAGGUAUCCCAUCCUCUAAUAUCCGUUCCCUCCCUACUUCAUUUUUAUCUGGGUUUUCCCUGCCACCUCAAACACUUCAAGAAGCAAUCGAAAAUGAUAUAAAAUCUGGGUUUUAUCCAUUGUUUCUUUGUGCCACUGUGGGAACAACUGCCUGCGGAGCAGUUGAUCCUAUACGAGAACUAGGGGAAAUUGCUACGAAAUACAACUUAUGGUUCCACAUUGACGCAGCUUAUGCUGGGAGUGCCUGCAUAUGCCCCGAGUUCAGGCAUUAUUUGGAUGGUGUAGAACUUGCAGAUUCAAUUAGUAUGAACCCACAUAAAUGGUUACUCACCAACAUGGACUGUUGUUGUUUGUGGGUUAAGCAACCCCAUUCAUUAAUCAACUCAUUAGCCAGUGAUGCAGAAUUCUUGAGGAAUUCCGCGAGUGAAUCAAACAAUGUAGUGGACUACAAAGAUUGGCAAAUUGCAUUGAGCAGGCGAUUCAAGGCCUUAAAGCUUUGGGUUGUUCUACGUAGACAUGGAUUAAGCAAUAUUAUGUACCACAUCCGCAGCGAUGUGAAUUUGGCAAAGAGGUUUGAGUCGCUGGUGGGUACUGACAAGAGGUUCGAGAUAGUAGUGCCAAGGAGGUUCGCCUUGGUUUGCUUCAGGCUCAAACCCUAUAAUGGAAUCAAUGGCCUCGAAUUGAACAGGCGACUGCUGUCUGCUGUGAACGAAAGCGGACGUGCCUUCAUGACUCAUGGGGUGGCAGGGGAAGAGUAUUUUAUCCGCUGUGCGAUUGGAUCCACAUUGACUGAAGAAAGGCAUGUGAAUGAGUUGUGGAAGCUGAUUCAAGAUAAGGCUCAAACAAUUCUUGCUAAUGCAGCAACGUAAUUCCCAUUCAAAAAUACCCAUAUCACGUUCAAAAGUUCUCAACCUAGGUAAGGUUUCUUUAUAUACUAAAAAAAUAUCUUGUACUAUAAUAAUGGCAGCUUUGCCUAUUAUUUUCAUCUUGGUGUUGUGUUCGUCGUGUCAUCAAAAUUCCAAGAACAUUGUAUUUUUCAAAUGAAAAUUCAUUGCAACUUGGUUUGAUAUUAAUUGUAUUUGUUAUGAUGAUUCCUGUGA